GGUGACGCGGACGACAAGAGAAACGAGGAGGACGAGGAAGAAGAGGAAGACGGGUCGCCGCGUAAAAUGGAGCUGCGCCUGCACUCACCAGCCGGAGCAGAACCGAUCGUUUAUCAGUGGCCCCUCACCUCCGGAUCAGGAUCCGUGAGUGAACGCGCUCUUUCUCCUGAGACACAAAGAUACAUGUUUGCCACUUCGUCGCAUUUCGCAUCGGACAAUGCGCGCUUUCUGGGAUUCGGUUUCCAUCCUUUAACGACGAUUUUCACAGCUGAUUGUAUGACUCUCGAGAUCGCCAUGAUGGAGCAUUAGAUGUUGUAGAAACAAUGAGAUGGGUUUGUGAAGAUUUACCUGACUUAAAAUUACCAUUAGAAAAUAAUAUUCUUUGCGAUUAUGAUACAAGAGAUUAUGAAAGUAUGAAAAAUUUGUGUGAUAGAUUUAAUAGAGCUAUUGACAGCUUGGUACAACUGGAGAAAGGCACCAGUUUACCAUCACAAAGAUUAAAUAAACGUCCAAGUAGAGGUUUACUUCGGCAUAUACUUCAACAAACAUAUAAUCAAGCUGUAGUUGAGCCUGACAAGUUAAAUCAGUAUGAACCCUUUUCACCCGAGGUUUAUGGAGAAACAAGCUACGAACUAGUAUGUCAAAUGAUCGAUCAGAUUGAUGUGACCGAAGAUGAUGUUUUUGUCGAUUUAGGAUCUGGAGUUGGACAAGUAGUUCUUCAAAUGGCAGCAGCAACUUUAUGUAAGAUUUGUAUUGGUGUUGAGAGGGCUGAUGUACCUUCGAGAUAUGCACAGAGUAUGGAAAUAAAUUUUCGAAAAUGGUUAAAUUGGUAUGGAAAAAGAUGUGGAGAAUAUCGUUUGGUGAAAGGUGAUUUUCUAGCAGAUGAGCAUCGCGAGAGCAUUACUGGUGCUACAAUUGUAUUUGUUAAUAAUUUUGCUUUUGGGCCAACCGUAGACCAUCAGUUAAAGGAAAGAUUUGCUGAUUUACGAGAUGGCGCGCGGAUAGUAUCCUCAAAGUCGUUUUGUCCCCUAAAUUUUCGAAUAACAGAUCGAAAUCUUAGUGAUAUUGGUACCAUAAUGCAUGUAUCCGAAAUGUCACCACUCAAAGGUUCGGUUUCAUGGACUGGCAAGCCAGUGUCCUAUUAUUUGCAUGUAAUUGAUAGAACUAAAUUGGAACGCUAUUUCCAUCGUUUAAAAAAUAAUAAGCAAGGUGGCUUAGAUGAAAACUCUGAUUCUGUGAUAAAUAACACUGCCAGCAAUAGUAGUAAGAUUUCUAAUAGAGGUGAAAGAAGUGACAGAGCCAAAAGAGAUCUUUCCAGACAGUUAGAUAGUCCUAAUCAUUCAGAACAGCAAGGAACAAAUAGCGAUUCUGAUAUGGAUGAAAAUAAUAUAAAAAAUCGUCGACAAUCAACUAAAAUUCGUAGAAAACUAAACAGAAAAAGUGCAAAUGGUAUAUCAAGACCUCCUCCUAGAGGAAGACAAAGAGGAAGAGGUGUGAAAAAGUCUAGACCCAAGAAAGCUAUAAAUAUAUCUGGACUCGAUUUAUUGCAUAGUCAAACAUUAUUAAGUACAUCUCCACAAGCUCUUGGGAAAAAACCACCUCCUGCGCCAGGUUGUGUGGAUCAACAACUGUCUUCUUUAUCCCUUUCUUUACAAUCUCAUUCCACCUCUGUGCACGAAGAACUCAGUAUACCACCUGCUCCGUCCGCGACUCCAUAUGCUCUACAAAUACUUUUGGAUUUAUACAGGGACCAAUUCAUGCUUAUGUUAGAAUCUAUGAGAACUCCUACCUACAGAGUAUCUGUUAAUACAGAUAUAGUAAAGGAGAGGGAAAGAAAUUCUAAACUACAGUCAAGAGCAGCACAAUUGGAAAAACAAAUAAAAGUAUUGAUUGAUGAUAGUGUAGCGCUUUUAAAAGCCAGGAUGACUGAAUUAGGCAUAAAUGCUACUUCCCCUGGAGAUCUUUUAGCAAAAGCUAAAGAAAUAGUACUUAGACACAAACAAUUACAAGCUAAAGCAAGUAAACUACAAGCUCAAGUAGCAUCUAUGGAAUCGGAACAAACGAGAUUAACAGCGCUUAGACACCAAGAAUUACAAGAAAAAUACAAUGGUCACACAAAUGGAGUAUCUAAUGCACCACAACCACUUACUCAAGAUUAUAUAUUGAAAGAAAUAUCUGCUACAUUAUCGCAACGCAAGAGAUUGCAUUCACAGGUGUCUAAACUGGAGCAUGAAUUGAAUGUAUUAGAAAGAGCUAGUAAUGAAAAACAAGUGGCUGCUAUUGCUCAGCAACAAAGAGAUGCAAUUAACAAUAAACAUUGUCAAAGUCAGCAUCAUCAGCAAAAUGGGAAAAACGGGUCUGCACGGAAAAAUAGAGAAGGACGUUCAAGAUCUCAGGAGUGGCCUGAUGUCCCAGACAUUGGCAAGAUACAAGAAAAUAAUCCUGAAAUUUUAGCACAGAAAAUUUUAGAAACUGGGAGACAGAUAGAAGCUGGUCGAAUUCUAAAUAGACAAAAUUCUAAUAUUAAUAAUAAUUCUAGAACUAGACUGCCUCAAGCAUCUCUUAGUUUUUCUACAUCGUCAUGUAUUUCGUCAUCACAAUCAUAUUCGGGUAUUAAAGAUAUGGCAAACAGAACACAAGAACCACCUAGGGUAGCUAAUUUUGAAGAUAGAUUAAAAAGUAUAAUUACAAGUGUAUUAAACGAAGAUCAACAAAAUCGUAGUAAACAGCAACAGAUGCAGUUACAAGUGCAACUGCAUCAUUCUGAUACAGAUAAAAAGCGAGGUGUGUUACCGCAAAAUGUUUCUACUCCAGAUUAUACACAGGUUUCUCCUGCAAAGCUUGCACUUCGACGUCAUCUAUCUCAAGAACGUCUCUCUUCGCAUUUAACUCCAUCUGAUAGAUCGGCAAUUGAUUCUAGGCAAUCUGGUCACGAUAAUCGUAUUAUAGCUGGUGGUAGUGGAUUGCUUGGAACUAGAACAAUUGGUGAUCUUGUGAGUGGAGAGAUAGAGAGAACAUUAGAAAUAUCUAAUCAAACGAUAAUAAAUGCAGCAGUUGACAUGAGUGCAAUGAUGAGGCCAGAAACUGUCUAUUCUCCUAUUAGCCGACCAGCUAGUGCAGAAGGUGAUGCUGGUUUAUCAACUCUUGCACAUGUUGCUAGCUAUGCACCUACAUCAGUAACAACUGCUACGUCUACUCCUGCUAGUACUUCCAGAUCAUCUGUAUUAUUUACGCCUGUUACACAGCCACAAAGAUAUACACCUGUACAAUUACCACGAGCAGAUAUUAAACCCUAUCACGAAUCUUAUUUUUCUGACAAUCCUUCGCAAUCGCUUACGCAUUCUCAUUCUCUUUCAUCUGCAUCCAUACAUUCAUCCCAAACAUCUUCAAAUGGUGAACUCUUACCAGUAGAAGGACUGGCCGCAUCUUUACAUGCCCGCAUUUUGAAUAAUCAUAAUGGCACUAAUAAAACUGAUCAAGUGCUGCCCAUUGCUAGAAGAUUUCAGCCAUAUCCUCGAUACGCAAAUAACAGUAAUAGCAACAACAAUACUAGUACAAAUGGUAGUAUGACCACAAUUUGCCAGUCACAACCUGCAGUAUCUGUGAAAACAGAAGCAGUCAUAUCGACAGUAAGCACAAGUGGUGCUCCUUUAAGUCCUCUCGUAGAACCACAUUCCAAUACUUCAACUCCUUUGGUUGAUGAACCUCAAAUGACAACACAAAGACAGCGAAAUGGUAUUGGUGAUGAUGAUGGGGAAGCAGAUUGGCAGGAUCGUAUCAGUUCUGGAUUUGAUCGUUUAGUUGCAUUUGCAUCAACAGAAUUAGACAAGCGAAGAAGAUCCACAGAAGGUGUAAAUACAAGUCCUGAUAGUGGAUUAGGUUCGGAUAGUACUGCAACAGGACCACCACCUGUUGUUCCUUCUCCUGAUGAAGCAUUAGGACCUCCGCGGACACCUUCACCAACUAGUCCCCGUCCUGCAAAUCCUAAUAAUGGUAGUGCAAGCAGUAAUUCGUCAGUACCUCUCAAAUAUCAGAGACAAGUGGAUCCUGAACGACAUCAUUUCAAAAAAAAGUUUUUUCACAGAGAUUGGAAUAAUUCUGGAAGUACCAGUAAAUUUCGUCCUAAAGGAAAAGAUUGGGACUGGAAUCAUUCUGGACAGUGGCCUCCAAACGAUGAACAAACUUAAUUAAAUAUUUGCUUAUAAUCAAAUAUUUCAUUGAAGAUGGAACGUUUUAUAAAGUUUGUCUACAAACAUGGUUAUCUAUGUGCCUGUGAAAACAAAUUUAAUAUUUUCUAGCAUCAUUGACAUUAACUGUUCACUGUUAUUUUGAUUUUUUUGCUACAUUUUUGUCAAUAUCAAUUAUUAGCAAAUUGAUUUAGUUUUAUUAAUUUAAAAUAAUAUACUGCAUAUGUAAAAAUUAUUUAACUACAAACUUUACGAAAUUAUUGGGUUUAAUGAUUAGUUCAUUAUUCAAACAUAUUUACUGUUUAUACUGUGUAUAAAAUCGCUGAGUUAAGCAUACAUGUGAAUACAAAUUGUAAUUUCUACGGAUUUUGUACGAAAAUGAAAGAAGUGUAUACUUGAAUAAUGACGAGAAUGUAAACAAUUAUUCUGCUACUACUCAGCGCGCGAUGUAAUGUAUGAACUUUAAUAUUAGACGAAAUUUAUUGUAAAGCUUGGUAAAUAAUUGCCAAACAAACGUGAAAAUGUUAUACUUCAUAAAGGACUGUGUACCUUUAUUAGUUAUGACAUUACACAGUACCUAUGAGAUUAUGCCUUCUAAAAAUGUAUAGUUCAUAGUCUACAUCUACAAUAUGACACAAUGUUAUUAUAUAUACAACAUACUAGACAUAAAAGUCAUGUAAAUAAUGUGUCAUAUUUCAUAGAUGUUUGGACAAAUAUGAAUGACAAAAUAAGGCUACCAAACCUUUGUGUGUUCGUAGCAAGUAAUGGCUGCAAACUUUAUAAGCAGCUGUAUCUUCCAAUAUCUUUUGGAGGACUUUAUUCAAGUGUUCACUGUUACUCAUAGUGUAAAUGACAACAAAAAAGCAACACACGGUCAUUUCACUCCAAAAUAUAAUUACUUCCUUUUUGGCACAAAUUUACACACAAAUUUGUAAAAUUGUGCGAAUUAUCCAAAGAGAGACCACUGCGAACAUUAAGAGAUUUUCAUGCUUUCAUUUAAGCAUAAUUAUGAUUUAAAAGCAAAAUACAUCAAUUAAUACAACACAUUUGGAAAUGUGAAACUUUGUGUAUAAAAAGAUUCUUAAUUAUUAUCAUGUCAAACAGAAAUAUGUAAAAAUAGCUUUCACUUGAAAAGGAAUAUGUAAAAAAUGAAUCGAUUUAUAUGCACGAUUGUAAUUAAUUAUGGAAUUAUUUAAUAAUCCCUAUAUAUUAGUAAAUGUAGUCAAUACAAUGUAGGCACCUGCUACAUUUCGCAUGUUACAUACACUGCCGAAUCUAUUAAUUAAUUUUAUUAUUGAUCAUUAUUAUUUAUUGUUUUUAUUGGAAUAUUUUAAUACUAAGGUUUUUGUAACAAUCAA